AUGAAGCAGAUCGUGUUGCAGGAAGCGCCCCAGAAGAUAAAACAUAUCCAAUUCUCCGUUUUAUCUUCUCAAGAAAUCGUAGCAAUAUCCGAAUAUGAAUCCACUCAACGCGAUCUUUAUAGCAUGGUUGGAUCCGAGAACAACGGAAUCAAUGUCCCUGGUGCAAUUGAACCCCUCGUCAAAAAACCCGCCAAGGGCGGUGUCUUGGAUAGUAGGCUGGGGACAUCCGACAAAUCCGGGAUAUGCGGAACUUGUAAUGCUAAAAUGGCAGACUGCGUCGGCCAUUACUCCUAUAUCAAACUCAUCCUCCCGGUAUUUCAUAUCGGAUAUUUUCGGGCGGUAAUCCAGAUGCUGCAAGACAUUUGUAAGACGUGUGCUAGGGUGCUCUUAUCAGAAGAAGAUCGUCGGCUAUAUCUCAUCAAGUUCCGACGUCCUAAUCUCGAGAAUCUACAGCGGCAGCAUCUAGCCAAGCAAGUCAACACCGCCUGUCGUAAGAUUAUUACUUGUCCUUAUUGCGGUGCUACCAAUGGUACAGUCAAGAAAGUCGGUGCUUUGCGAAUCAUCCACGAGAAAUUCAGGGCAAAGAAGAAAGCAGACGAAUUGGCGGCAUUCAGAGAUACCUUCAUCACCGCUGUCAAAGAAACUAAAGAAUUGGGACCGCACCUUCACAAGGCUCAGGAAGACAUGAACCCGCUCCGGGUCCUAAAUCUUUUUCGAAGAAUAACCCCUUCAGAUUGUGAGCUUCUUGGUUUGGAUCCUGAAGUUGGACGGCCUGAAGAAUACAUUUGGCAGUACAUCCAUGUCCCACCGGUCUGUAUUCGACCUAGUGUUGCGCAAGAGGCCGCCACAAAUGAGGAUGAUUUGACAGUCAAGUUGACCGAAAUCAUCUUCACAAAUACUCUCAUCAAAACUGGGCUGGUCAAAGGAGUACCAACUCAAAAUAUCAUGGAGCAAUGGGAAUUCAUGCAGCUCUCUGUUGCCAUGUACAUCAACGCUGAGCUUCCCGGAGUCCCUUCACAAAUGGGAGUCAAACCCAUCAAAGGUUUCUGCCAAAGACUCAAAGGAAAAACUGGUCGAUUUCGUGGCAAUCUAUCUGGAAAACGUGUCGACUUUUCUGGUCGAACGGUCAUCAGUCCAGAUCCAAACCUUAGCAUUACGGAGGUUGCGGUUCCUGACCGGGUGGCAAAAAUUCUGACGUAUCCAGAAAGAGUUACUGCUCACAACAUUGAUCGAUUACGACAAUGCAUCCGGAAUGGCCCUGAUAUUCAUCCGGGUGCCAAUUACCUCGUGGCAGGUAAUACAUCAAACGCCAGCGGAACCGCAGCUCCUUUCAAAAGAUCGUUGAAAUUCGGGAACCGGAAUCAUGUCGCGAACACUCUGCGAUUAGGGGACACAGUGGAAAGACAUUUGCACGACGGAGAUGUCGUACUUUUCAAUCGGCAGCCGAGUCUGCACAAACUUUCAAUCAUGUCUCAUAGGGCCAAGAUACGACCAUGGCGAACCUUUCGAUUUAACGAGUGUGUUUGUACGCCUUACAAUGCCGAUUUUGACGGAGAUGAAAUGAAUUUGCAUGUACCGCAGACUGAAGAAGCACGAACUGAAGCUACGGAACUGAUGAAUAUCAAAUAUAACCUUGUUACCCCUCGAAAUGGCGAACCGAUCAUCGCUGCUACCCAAGAUUUCAUUACAGCUUCUUUUCUACUAUCUCGAAAAGAUAACUUUUAUGACCGACAGCAAUUCAGUCAAAUCCUUCAAUAUCUGUCUGAUGCUACCUUGCAUAUAGAUCUUCCACCCCCAGUGAUCUGGAAACCCGUUCGGCUGUGGACUGGGAAGCAAGUCUUCAACGUUCUUAUGAGACCGAACAAAGAUUCACCCGUCAAAGUCAAUGUCGAGGCCAAAUGUGCCACACAUCAAAAAGCUGCACCCGAAUACUUACCGGACAUGUCGCCUAAUGACGGCUGGCUCGUCAUUCAAAAUUCAGAAAUCAUGUGUGGAGUAGUCGAUAAGGCCAUCGUCGGUGGUGGAAAAAAAGAUUCGAUCUUCGCAGUAAUUAACUGCGACUUUGGUCCUGAUGAAGCUGUCAAAGCCAUGAAUAGACUUGCCAAAGUCAGUGCUAGAUGGCUAGCGAAUAUGGGCUUUUCGAUUGGUGUCGGCGAUGUCACCCCCGGUGAAAGACUAUCUACGCAAAAAAAUGCACUUGUUGCUAAAGCCUACAAAGAGACAGACGAGCUUAUUCAACAAUCGAAAGCUGGAAAACUAGAAACUCUCCCAGGGCGCGACUUGGAUCAAACACUUGAGGCUAUGAUUUCCGGAGUCCUUUCAAAGGUCAGAGAUAGUCUGGGAGAAAUUUGUAUGGCGGAACUCACAAGGCACAACGCACCUUUAAUCAUGGCGACCUGCGGAUCUAAAGGUUCUAAGAUUAAUGUGGCACAGAUGGUAGCUUGUGUCGGGCAGCAGAUUAUCAGUGGCAAUCGUAUUCCAGAUGGUUUUCAAGACCGGUCCCUUCCGCAUUUCCACAAGAAAGCCAAAGAGCCGCCGGCCAAAGGUUUCGUCAGAAAUAGUUUCCAUUCUGGCCUCCGCGCCACCGAGUUUCUCUUCCACGCCAUUUCCGGAAGAGAAGGUCUCGUUGAUACCGCAGUCAAAACAGCUGAGACAGGUUACAUGCAAAGGAGAUUGAUGAAAGCUUUAGAAGAUCUAGCCACUCGAUACGACGACUCUGUUAGAAACUCUGUUGGUGGGGUUGUCCAAUUUACAUAUGGAGAUGAUGGCUUGGACCCUACUUACUUGGAAGGAGACGGAGAGCCGGUCGAAUUUGCCCGCACUUGGAGGCACACAAAAGCUACAGUCUCUCAUCUUGAUGGCAGAGGGCUGCAUCCUUACGAAAUUAUCAAAUUGGUCACCGAUGGUCUAGCGCAACCUCGUUUUGCUACCGCUUGCACGCAACGCUUCAGAGACUCGGUCUUGGAUUUCAUGGUUGAACGGGUUGCCAAGCCCGCUGCAAAUUACAGGCAGAGCUAUGGUAUGUAUCCCGCCUUGGAGUUGGAAGGAGAUUGGGACGAAUACACGGACCUGUCUGCCGGCGUGAGCGAGGCCAAUAAGAAAAUCGUUAUCAACAAGACGCAAGUCACCCUGAAGCAAAUUGAGACAUUCUUGAAUCAUUGUUGGAAAAAAUACGUCAAAGCCAAAGUCGAGCCAGGUACUGCCGUCGGUGCUGUUGGUGCUCAAUCGAUUGGUGAACCUGGAACCCAAAUGACUUUGAAGACUUUCCAUUUUGCUGGUGUAGCCUCGAUGAACAUCACGCUUGGUGUACCUCGAAUCAAAGAAAUUAUCAACGCCUCCAAACUGAUCAAUGGGCCUAUCAUCAACGCACCGCUAGUGGCUAAUCAGAACGAAAGGUCGGCCAGAAUCGUCAAGGCUCGGCUGGAGAAAACCUACUUGGGUGAUGUCACAUCUGUCAUCGAAGAAAUGUAUUCCAACGAUUCAAUGUACCUUGGUAUUCAUAUCGACAUGGAAACCGUUCAACGCUUGCAGCUGGAAAUCACGCUAGAUUCAAUCAAAUGGUCGAUCAUCAACGCACCCAAGUUGAAAAUCACGGCUGACCAAAUACAAGUAAUUCCCCGCAAGAAUCGUAUCCGGGUUUAUGUAGACACCGGUUUAGCAGACGGAGAGAAAGUCCUACCGUUUUACCAGAAGUUGAUGUUCCUUCGUCGAGUUCUUCCAGGCGUGGUUAUCAAAGGUCUUCCCAAAGCUGGCCGGACAGUUAUCAACAAAAAUAGCAAGAAUGAGUACGAACUUCUUGUCGAAGGAUACGGUUUGCUUGACGUGAUGACGACAGAUGGCGUAGUCGGUACACAUACUAUGCCCAAUCAUAUCAUGGAAGCCCAAAGUGUGCUAGGUAUCGAGGCGGCUCGAAAUUGUAUCAUCAAAGAAAUCUCGUACACGAUGGACUCUCAUGGAUUGAAGGUCGACCCCCGACACAUGAUGUUAUUAGGAGACAUCAUGUGCUACAAGGGAGAAGUGCUCGGAAUCACUCGAUUUGGGAUUGCCAAGAUGAAAGAUUCAGUUCUUAUGUUGGCUUCGUUCGAGAAAACAACAGACCAUCUUUUCGACGCAGCGCUGUAUAGUAAAAGAGACGCAAUCGAAGGCGUGUCGGAGUGUAUUAUCAUGGGCAACCCUGCAAAUGACAUCGGUACAUCAGCGGCUUGUCUGGUUUCCGAAGUACCUAAACUACCUCCCAGGCGCAAAGUCCUCUUUUAUUGA